AUGAAAAGUUUUUUCGUUUUACUAUGCAUUUUAUUCUCGGAUGUAGUGACAAAUUCAAAAGUGUCUGGAAAUUUAGGAACAUGCAGUGCGAACAGAAAUGAUAAUUCUGUAAAUCCAGACAGGUAUAACGAUUCGACAAAUAACAGUUUGAACGUCGUUAAAACUGGUAGAGUAAUGCUCGGAGCCACUGAUCCAAAAGAUUCAGCACCAGGUACGAUUCGUGGAGAUUUUUGCAUUCAAGUUGGAAGAAAUGGAGUUCACGGUUCAGACUCUGUAGAAUCAGCCAACAAAGAAAUAAAAUUAUGGUUCAAACCCGAAGAACUUGCUGACUGGAAGAGAGACACAGAAAAGUGGAUUUACGAAUUUUAA